UAUUGAACGACGUGUAUCGCAUCAGGAACCAAACACCACUCAAUCACUAACAACCCUCAAUCCGACGUUAGAUUCCUAGUUAAUACUGACACAACAGGAUUUCAGAGAUACUUCAGAACCUGUGGCACAAACACAAGUACUACCACAAUCAAAUACCUCAAAAAGGUCCAAACUUUGUGCUUCAAAUGGUCACAAAAUCAUGAACUCCAUUAUUGGCAUUGAAAUGAGCAGGUCCGUAGUGUUUUCCACAAACAUUCCCCUUAAGUUUUCCCAAAAACCCAGAUCAUUUUCUCUCUUAAAUCACUCAAAAACUUUGGUUCCACAAAGAUUUAGUGAGAAUUCUCAAUGUGGGCUUCAAAGAUUUCAGCUUUUGAGCAUGAAACUAGCAAGAAAUGUGUGUAUAAAGGCUGCUUUAUCAGAGAUGAAGUAUCCUAAAGUGGCUGCUUCAUCAACUGGGCCUAUACCUCCCAGUCAGCUUAUUCAAGUUGUUGAGACUGCUGCUAAGACCGGUGCUGAGGUAGUGAUGGAUGCUGUUAAUAAGCCUCGAAAUAUCACAUAUAAAGGACUUACAGACUUGGUGACCGACGCAGACAAAAUGAGUGAGGCUGCUAUCUUAGAAGUUGUUACAAGGAAUUUUGGAGAUCACCUCAUUCUUGGGGAGGAGGGAGGAAUCAUAGGAGAUACAUUAUCUGAUUAUCUAUGGUGCAUUGAUCCUCUAGAUGGAACAACAAAUUUUGCUCAUGGUUAUCCUAGCUUUGCGGUUUCUGUGGGAGUUCUUUUUCAAGGAAAUCCUGCAGCUGCUUCAGUGGUGGAGUUUGUCAGUGAUCCUAUGGCUUGGGACACAUGCACAUUUUCUGCAACUGCCGGUGGAGGAGCAUUUUGUAAUGGCCAAAAAAUUCACGCAAGUCCAACUGCUCAGGUUGAGCAGUCUCUUCUCAUGACUGGCUUUGGAUAUGAACAUGAUGAUCCAUGGGCCGCUAACAUUGAACUAUUCAAGGAGUUUACUGAUGUCAGCAGGGGUGUUCAAAGGCUUGGUGCUGCUGCUGUUGACAUGUGCCAUGUAGCUCUUGGGAUUGUAGAAGCAUAUUGGGAGUAUCGUCUUAAGCCAUGGGAUAUGGCUGCUGGUGUUCUGAUAGUUGAAGAGGCUGGGGGGACAGUAUAUCGCAUGGAUGGUGGAAAGUUUUGUGGAUUUGAUAGAUCUGUUUUGGUGUCUAACGGUGUGUUGCAUGCCAAGCUUUUGGAGAGGAUUGCACCUGCCACUGAGAAACUGAAAAGCGAAGUAAUUGAUUUCUCAUUGUGGUAUAAGCCAGAAAAUUACCGCACUGAUCUUUGAAUUGACCUAGCAUUUAUUCUCAUUCGGAGCUUUGCUGCAGCAAGCAGGUGUUGCAUAUCGUGCACUAACUUGUUUUUUAUUUUUUUGAAUUUAUCUUAUAAUACAGGCUUCCAUCUUCAUUUAUAAGACUGUUUUGCACUUUUAAUUGUACCAGCUCCUUUUCAUGUUACCUGAUCAGUGCCAUCGAUUCUUCCUUAUCACCAUGUUCAUUCUUCAAAAAUAAAAGAAGAGAAUUAGUUUUAUGCAA